AUGGAUGCGCCACAUGGAUGUCCUUGUAUUGUACUGCCGUGUGUGGGAGGACGGCUGGACCGAUCCGGCGUGACCGGCGCAUGGUGGGGGGGGGGGGGGGGGGGAGGGCUGCUUGCUCCCAAUGUCCCCUGGCAUGCCCUCGUGUCUCUGAAGGAGGAUCUAGUGAGGGGAGGGGGGGAUCUGAUCUCUGAGCGCUGGGUGCUGACCACCAGAAGGAACCUAAUGGACAGCUUCAGUAACGCCACCAAGAAGGAGCUCCCUCGGGUGUACGUGGGCAUCACAGAACUGCAUCAUGCCAACCACAGUGCCGAGGUGCCAGUUGAGCAGGUGAUUAUGCAUCCCCGUUUCCAGAACAGCUCAGAGUGGGAAAACAAUCUGGCACUAAUUAAGCAUGGGGAGAAGUGUCCUUGGGACGAAAUAAAUGUGCCCCUCAUGAAUGAGAAUGUGGGCACCAAAUACAGUGAGAACACAUGCUGGGGAGAUGCAGGGGCAGCCUUUGCAGUGCAGGACCUCCAGGAUGGUGCAUGGUACCUGGCCGGAAUCCUCUCCUUCGACAAGAGCUGCUCUGUGGAGACCUACAGCGUCUCCAUGAAGCUGUCCAGCUACCUGCCCUGGAUAUACCCUGUCCUUGGGAAUUACUGA